UUCGCAACUUGGAAAACGCCGACUAGCUCCAAGCUCUCACCCACAAACUCAAACAAAGAGUCAAUGCAAACGUGUGGAUCUCUUGACUCACCUCACAUUAUUUAACUUCUGUUCUUCAUCUUCGCUAAGAUGUUCGCCAUAGCCACAGAGAGUUUCCCGAAUCCGGCGGAUCUCCACAUUACUUCAACAGUCAUCCCUAACUGUUCAAAAUUCCCCCAAACAUCAUGUCUCUAACAAUUAAAAUACACGUCACCGCGAACUUUGGUCUCAAUCUCCAAACAGUUAGACAGAAAAAAUUCGCAAACUAUAACGUUAGAGUUCGACCGAGACCAAUUUAUUCUUCAAACCCAUUGACCGUUUAUCAACCCAAAAUGAGUACGGAUUCAGUUUCGGUUAAGUCUGCAUCUUCUGUGAUCAAGAGCUCUUUGAUCGAGCCAGAUGGUGGGGUAUUGGUGGAUCUGGUGGUGCCGGAGAAUGAGCGUGGACCCAAGACGAUAGAAGCUGAAUCAAUGCCGAAAGUGAAUCUGACGAAGAUCGACUUGGAGUGGGCUCACGUGAUUAGUGAAGGAUGGGCAAGUCCUUUAAGAGGGUUCAUGAGGGAAAAUGAGUAUUUGCAGAGUUUGCAUUUCAAUUCAGUAAAAUUGGGAGAUGGGAAUAUAGUAAACAUGUCGCUUCCCAUUGUUUUGGCUAUCGAUGAUGAGACUAAAGACCGAAUUGGGUCGUCAACCAAUGUUGGGUUGGUUGGUCCUAGUGGAGACUUGAUCGGAAUUCUUCGCAGCAUUGAAAUAUAUAAGCAUAACAAAGAAGAAAGAAUUGCUAGAACUUGGGGAACAACCGCACCGGGAUUGCCAUACGUUGAGGAAGUUAUUACUCCAGCUGGAAAUUGGCUCAUUGGUGGGGAUCUUGAAGUGUUACAGCCCAUUAAAUAUAACGAUGGCCUUGAUCACUAUAGGCUAUCUCCUAAAAAACUCCGGAAAGAAUUUGAUAGCCGUCAAGCUGAUGCAGUUUUUGCUUUUCAAUUGAGGAAUCCUGUGCAUAAUGGGCAUGCUUUAUUGAUGAAUGAUACACGCAGGCGACUUUUGGAGAUGGGUUACAAGAAUCCAAUUUUGUUACUUCAUCCUUUAGGAGGUUUCACAAAGGCUGAUGAUGUGCCGUUGGAUGUUCGAAUGGAACAACACAGUGAGGUACUAGCAGCCGGAGUCCUUGACCCUGAGACUACAAUUGUGGCCAUAUUUCCGUCACCAAUGCAUUAUGCAGGCCCAACUGAAGUUCAAUGGCAUGCCAAGGCUCGUAUCAAUGCAGGUGCUAAUUUCUAUAUUGUCGGUCGUGAUCCUGCUGGAAUGGGUCAUCCAACAGAGAAAAGAGAUUUAUAUGAUCCUGAUCAUGGGAAGCAGGUGCUAAGCAUGGCCCCUGGUCUGGAGAAGCUAAAUAUUUUGCCAUUCAGGGUUGCUGCAUAUGACACAGUGGCACAGAAAAUGGCAUUUUUCGAUCCUUCACGUGCAAAAGAUUUCCUCUUCAUCUCUGGAACCAAGAUGCGAACAUAUGCGAGGACCGGAGAGAAUCCUCCUGAUGGUUUUAUGUGCCCUGGAGGAUGGAAAGUCCUUGUCAAAUAUUAUGAAAGUUUGCAAGCAGAAGACGCAACACAGCAGCCGGCUAUUUUAACAUCUUAAAUCUAUAAUGUAAUAUCUGAGGUUUUGAUGAGUAAAUUCAAGUAAUAGAAGGGAUUUAAGUGGAGCAUUUUCAAGCAAGUCUUAGCAGCUACCAUAUUAUAAUCCGGCUUGUGCAAGUAAAUACUUUAGUAUUCUUAUUUUCGUAAUUUCUUUGACCCCUCCCGGUAUUUCGGGUUUAUCUUUCAA